AAAAUGGAUGAAGAUCUGGAAUUCCGCGACAUGGUUUUGAAAAAGAUGGAAGAAAAUGGCUCCCUACUCGAUAUUAAGGCUAAAAUACGCGCUCUACUUUACGAUGUUAUUGAAAAUGAACAUGCUACCACCCUGGAUCAACCGGAUGAAAGUGAUCUUACCUCUAGUUCGUUUGACAAAGAAUCUGCACCUCAUCUAGAUGUUAAAACGUUAGCUUUCGAACUGAUGCUGGAAACCUUGGGAUCGUUAAAUCUCCAGUAUACAAGGAAAAUCUUGCUGGCUGAAUCAGGACAUCGAAGUAUGGGACUUGGUUCGGAGCAAUUGGCAAAGCAGCUAAAGCUUGACGAUUCAUCAAACGCUCCGCUAGCACAACCUGUUUUGAUUUCGCUGAUAAACAAACUGCGCAAUGGAAACAAUCCGCUCACCACUGCAACGAAUGCAAACUACGAAGAAAAGCUCACAGAAGACACACAGCACAGUGCUCAACAUGAUCCGGAUGUUUUAUGA